GAAUAAUUGACCGGGGAUCAAAGGUAAACAGGUCAUGUGUGAAAUGUUUAUGUUUGUCAGGAAGAGUUACUGCGUAAGAUUUGUUGAUUUGGUGACAUUUUCCAGCCGAUUAAGUUGGUGUUGUCGAAAGCUACUGACUCCAUUUCUUCCAGCAUGCUAGCAAGUCCCCCGACAUAGUUUCAAUGGUUUAGCAAACACUGUGAUCGAGCAAAAAUAGUUCUGCAAAAAAUUUGCCAAGACUCUGAGGACAAAGUCAAUGUAGUUGGGUGUGAUCGCUGGAAUCCACCUUUGAUCGUGACUGUACCGCUGACUGUGGCCGAACAUGGCGGGCAGCAGGGUGGACUGUAAGGUUGUGCUGCUCGGUAAGGCUUACGGAGGCAAAACCUCACUCGUAGAGCGGUACCUGCACGACAGAUUCAACGCGGAAAUGCCUUACCAAAACACUAUAGGUGCAGCUUUUGGAGCCAAGAGAGUAGAGGUUGAUGGGAAGCUUGUGACACUUGGGAUUUGGGACACAGCAGGUUCAGAGAGAUAUGAGGCCAUGAGUAAAAUUUACUACCGUGGUGCAAAGGCUGCUGUUGUCUGCUAUGAUCUCACAGAUGAUGCCAGUUUUGAAAGAGCAAAGUUCUGGGUGAAAGAACUUAAUGACAAUGAAGAGGCCUGCAAAGUUUACCUCUGUGGAACAAAGCUAGAUUUGGUGCAAGAAAACAGAAAAGCCAGAAAAGUGGACUACCACAUGACAACAGAUUAUGCUGAUGAAAUCCAUGCAGAGGUCAUAGAAACAUCCAGUAAAACAGGCUUCAAUGUCAGUGAACUGUUUGAAAAAGUAGCAGAGGGGUUUGCUAGGGACCCUGCCAAUAGACAAACAGUACAAAUUUCCAGCAGUGGCCCACAAUACCCUUCUACUUCCUUUAACAAAGGUGCCGAGAACUUCCAAGUCACAGAGCAGGGCAAGUCCAGAGGGGGCUGCUGUUCAUAGGAGGUCUCCAAGUACAACUCAGGCAGAUGGUCAUAAAUUUUAGCCUGGAGCCCAUCCUCCUUAACUUUACUCUGGUCCCCAAGUCUGGGGUAUCGGAUCUUGGGGAGUGGAACUAGGCUAGACUCCAGGAUACAUGUUUUAGCACCAGUAGCAACAUAUGUCUCCAGGACUGGCCAUUCAGGUUUUGUGUGGUUUAUAUCUUCAGCUAUCCUAAGACCUGAAUUGGGAUCGUUCGUUGCUAAAAUUCUGACUUUUUAGAUAACAUUCAGUUAAACAUCCUUAUAAGUAUUGGAUGAUUUAAGAAGCCAUUGCCCUUUUGCUGGCUGUAACACAGUUAAGUUUAAAAAAACUCUGUUAAGCAUUUACAAUCACUAGGUCCAAAUUAGAUGUCAAAAAUGCCUGCUUUUCACUCCCCUUUCAUAUGGAAUACUGGAUAAAUGGCCUUUUAAGCAAAUGCCUUUUCUGCUACCUCUAACACAGCAAAACUUUAGAUUUAUUCUCCAAGUUUAGAUAUUAUCCAGUACUGUUCAAAACAAGGGGUGGCAAAUCAUUGCUUUCAAGGUGUUGUUUGUAAAAUAAGUAAGAUGUAAGUGCUAUUUUAUUUGAAAUUUUGGUCUGUAAAAAUUCCAUUGUCUCAAUAGUAUAUAUCAGAUAGAAAGUUGGUCUCCUAAUAGCCUAGGUUCAGAAUGAUCUGAAUCAAAAUCUUUGUUGCAAAUUGAUACAAGUAUGUAUAAUUGUAUAACAGAAUGAAACAUGUACUCACUAUCAGUAACCCUUUUGUUAACUUCUGUAUUUUUGGAAGUAGUAACAUAAUUUUGAUGCUGUUUGGUACCUAUAAAGCACUAAAGCCUAUGUAUUGUAUGUAUAAGAAAUGACAUUUUGGUUCCCCACUAAAACCAGACUUAUAUUGGAAUACAGGUAGAUAGAGUAAUAUCAUUUGUCAUUUUAUGCCUUCUCAGAUUCUUACCAACUCAUUGUGGAUCCUCUAUCUGUAUAAUGUUGGAGAUAGAAUUGUUGCCACCUGCAAAGAAAACUUGGCAUUGAGGCCUGUGAACUGCAGUGGAUAUAAAAUGACAUGUUUGUAAAUGUUAUACCUUUAUGUAAAGUGUUAAACCUGUACACCAGAAGAAAUUAUUAUGACUUACAUGUACUACCAGUAUUGAAAUUCUUAGGACUUUAGUUAGAUGUUUGUAUGGGAGGGUGACUAUAGAGUACCUUUUUGCUGCUGUGUGCAUCCAAUUUAUACUAACAUUGUCAGUCAAGCUCAGUGAGUUACUCUGUUAUACAUGUAACAUUACAACUUAAUGUAAAUCGUAAUCACAUGUACCUGUAUGGACAUGCUCAUGUUGCAAAUUGUCAGUAACUGUUCAGGUGAUGUUACAGCAUAGGUUCAUGCAAAGAGGAAAUGCUGCUUUUGUAAUUACGGUAACUUUAAUUUUGUUUUAAGAUUAGGAAGGCAUUUAUAUUUUAUGUGUAUGUACAAAAUUGUACAUCAUCAAGUAUUAGGGGUUCAUAACAGGGACUGCAUGUUUCUUAUCUCACAAAUAGCAGAAUUGCUCUGUUUCAUCUUGUCUCUAAGAUCGUGAAUGUUUUUGUGGAGCUGGGUGUGUGAUCCAUAUGGGAACACAAGAUGCUGCUGUAUUUGUGGACGCAAUGAUGCAAUUGCAAGGAAAAGUUUGACAAAAGCUGCCAAUUUUAGUUUCACAUUUGUGUACAUUUUAUGCUUUGAGAAACAGCAACCUUGUAAUGAGUUGAACUGUAAGCCUUAGUUUACAACUUUACAUGGGACAGAAUGUUGAAGUCUACUUUCUUUUUGCAAAUCUUUGGCCAGUAAGGUGUCACGUAAUGUUUACUGUAUACUGGUAGCUUUGCUUUUAUUCUUUCAAAGAAAUGUACAUAUUGUUCAUGGCUAAUGUGAAAUGGAAUUAACACUUUUAAUGUAUCAAUAUGACCAAUAUGAUUAAGUUAUUCUAAUGUUGGUGGAUUU